UUUUAUUACUCUUAAAAAUAUUUAUCAUAAUUUCUUCUUCUUUUAUACUAAAAAAAAGAAUAAAAACCCUUUUUUUUUUAUAAUACACAUAUAACGAAAUUAAAUUGUCAUGCAGAGAGACGCAUUAAAAAAAGCGUUUACAUUAAGUCAUGAACGAUUUGUGCUUGAGAUAGAUCCAAGUAAAUGUUUUAUAAAGGGUUUAGCAGAACUUACGAUUCAACCUUUAAAUAAUAAACUUACAAGUGUUCGAAUCAACUGUCAACAAUGCAAAAUUAAAAAGGCAUUUGUUAAUGAUAAACCAGUUGAAUUUGAAUACAUUGAUGCAGUAAAUAAUCUUGCACUAGAUUCAAAUACAACAAUAGCUCAUCAUCAAGUUUAUAAAAAUCGAUAUUUAACUGCAUUAAGGAAUGCUGAUGAAGGCGAAUUGAAUAUAAAAUUACCUGCUGAUUGUAUAAAAGAAGUAUCUGAAGCAGAAGCUCAGUCUAUUAACAAAACGGCAGAUUUUCUACAAUCAAAGUCAGAUUCAUAUUCUACACAGCGUAAAGAAGAAUCAGCAGCAACAACGCCAGUAAAUAAUAACAAUACCGAAGAGUCUAUUGAACAACCAACUUAUGCUCCGAUCAUUAUUCAAAUCGAAUAUACUUUAGAAGAUCCACGGAAUGGCGUUAUUUUCGUUCAAAGAGAUGAAGAAGUAGCACCUUAUCGUGUUAACCAUGUUUAUACAGUACACCAGCCGUUACCAGGUGCAACACGAUCCUGGUUACCUUGUAUUGAUAGAGUUUCUGAACGAUGUACAUGGGAUAUGGAGUUUAUUGUGCCUCGUAAAAACGAUAACAGUAUAUUACCUUUGUCUGAGUACGAUGGAGAAGGUGCAUUUGAUGAGACAGAUGGGAUAAUGGUUGUAUGUAGUGGAGAUGUACUUGAGCAAGUAAUUCAUCCUACAGAUUCAUCAAAGAAAAUUGUUCAUUAUAACCUAUCCGUACCUACGCCAGCACCCUUUAUUGGAUUUGCCAUUGGUCCGUUUGAGAUGAUCAAAUUAUCUCCUUCUCAACUUCAAGAAGAGGUUAUGACAGCAACUAAUUUGGAUGAAAAUCAGCAACAAAGUUUAAUGGCUGAAAUUAAUAUGAUGUCUAAUAUUUAUGCAUUCGCUUUACCAGGUUUGGAAGAGGAGUUGAGUAUUACAUGUAGUUUUCUAAUGCAUGCUAUGCAUUUUUAUACACAAGAGUAUGGGUCAUAUCCCUUUUCGGAUUACAAGCUUGUGUUUGUAGAAGAUGCUUGGGCAGAUACUGCAUCAAGUGCUUCUUUAGCUAUUUGUAGCUCAAGAUUAUUGCAUUCAGCAGAUGUAAUAGAUCAAAUUUAUCUUACUAGACGUGAAUUAAGUCAAGCACUUGCUAAGCAAUGGUUUGGUAUUUAUAUUGUUCAAAAGUCAUGGCCUGAUACUUGGCUAGUACGAGGAUUAGCUAAUUUGAUGGGUUCUUUAUUUAUUAAAAGACAUUUGGGUAAUAAUGAAUAUCGUCUAAGAUUAAAAAAGGAUAUGGAAUUAUGUUGUAAAUUAGAUAUCAAUCGACCUCCCAUAUAUAACCCAGCGUUGCCUUAUCCAGUAGAUCCAGAAGAUUUAGAAUUCAUUGAUUUAAAAGCACCUAUUGUCAUUUAUAUGCUUGAUAAAAGAAUGUGUAAAGGAGGCGGGACAUUAGGCCUCUCUCGAGUGUUACCCAAAAUUCUUGUUUCAGCUAUGAGUGGUGAAUUAUCACAAAAUGCUAUUAGCACUCAUUAUUUUCUUCGACUUUGUAGAAAGGUGAGUGGAUUCGAUACGCGUAUAUUUGCAGAACAAUGGAUUUAUCGUAGUGGAUGUCCUCGAUUUUCAUUUUCAUUCCAUUUCAAUCGUAAGAAAAUGGUUGUUGAAAUUUUUAUGCGCCAAGAAAAUACAAAUGCUUCACUCUUAUCUAAUCAACAAGAUACAUUGGGAAACUCGGAUAACGGUGGUGCAAUCAUAGCGAAUUAUCAGGAAUUAAUGUCACCUGUUUUCACUGGAAAUUUAACUGUUCGAAUUCAUGAAGCAGAUGGUACACCAUAUGAGCAUAUUCUUGACAUUCAAUCCACAACAAACAAGUUUGAGGUGCAGUUUAAUACGAAAUACAAACGUAUUCGUCGAAACACAAAGAGAUUCUUAGCAAAACAAGCAGCAGCAGCAGCAGCAGUAGCUGAAGAAGAACAAGAAAACGAAGAAGGAACAGAGAGCACAACGGUACUGGGUAUUAUUCCUAGUUUAGGUCUUGGUAUGCCUGUAUUUGAAGAUCCGGCUCAAAAACAAGCCUGGAGGAUCGUAGAAUGGGGUCAAGACGAAGAGGAUACAAGCGGUGCUGCAAGUGCAAUGUUUGACUGGAUUCGAUUAGAUGCUGAAUUUGAAUGGCUUUGUAUUUGUGAUUUUAAGCAACCUGAUUAUAUGUGGGCUGCUCAAUUGACCAAAGAUCGUGAUGUUGUAGCUCAGCAUGAGGCUAUUGAGGCUUUGAAACAUAUGCCUUCCUAUGCCACAUCAACAAGCUUGUUGCGUGCAGUGCUUGAUAAUAAAUGCUUUUAUAAAAUUCGUAUGGAGGCUGCUUAUGGAUUAGCAGCUUGUGCUACACCAAGUUUGAAUUGGGUUGGUCUACAUCAAUUGAAUAAGAUGUUUAAUAAGCGUUAUUGCUUCCCUGUAACGAAUUCAAAUAAUGAAGAGAACGAAUUACCUAUGACAGUUUCAAUUCCUAAGCCAAAUAAUUUCUCCAACUUGCCAGAUUACUUUAUACAAAAAGCAUCUGUUGUUGCAUUUUCACAAAUCCGUGAUGAGCGUGGUUUAACACCUGUACGUAUUAGACAAUUCUUAUUGGACCUACUAAAAUAUAAUGACAAUGUUGGAAAUGAGUUUUCUGAUUGCUAUUAUGUGGCUACCUUGAUAUCUUCAUUAGGUGAUGCUAUAAUACCCUCGCUAACAACUGACGAUAUAGCAUCCUUAGAACAAGAAGAUGAUCUAGAAGGUGAGCAAGUAAAUGCAGCAGCUAAAGCCGAAAUUGAGCGAUUCCGUACUUUGGAUUACGUGAUUCCUAGCUAUCAUAAUAUUAUCACCGUCACUUGUCUUCAAACGAUGACAAAGCUUAUGCUUAAGGAAUUAAUGCCGGUCAAUAUACCAAUGUUCUUACAAUACACACGAUAUGGCAACUAUCUUGAAGUACGUCUUGCUGCCUUUGAUAGUCUUUUUAUAUUAUGUGGACUUUCAGAUCAUACACUUAAUCGUUAUUUCUUGAGUGUUAUCAAGGACGAUUUAUGUGUUUAUGUAUCGCAUUAUGUUGCUCGUGCCAUGCUGGCAUGGCUAGGUUUGGCCCUUAAAGAAACUAGUAGUAUAUCAAACGAAAAUAAUGCAGAAUCCAAUCGAUUUGUCGAGGAAUUUGCUGAAGAAGAGGGACGAGUCGUGAUUGACGAUGAACGUAGCACUUCACCUCCACAGAAAACGAUUCAACAAGAAUUCCAAAUGAAUAUUGAAAGUUUGAGAAAACGAUUUGAAAAUGAUACUGAACUUCAACAAAGCCUUUGGAAGUUAUUGAAUUCUUCUGAAAAUGCUAAGCUUGAUCAUUCAAUACGAAAAUACUUGCUGCAAUUUUGUGAAUACAUGUUCAAACCUAUUGAUGUUGGUCUUAAAGUUACUAUUCGUGUUCCCACGUUGCCAUCGACACAAGAAAUACCCGAAGAUACAUCAGAACCAUCAACACCAACCUCGCAUACUAUUAUUCGUUUUAGCAAACCCAAACAGAAACCAGAAGAAAAAUCCAAGACUCAUAAGAAAACAAACAAUAUUUAUAUUAAAACUGAAAAUCUUUCACAAGAUAUACCAGCCACUGAACCUUCUGUAGAAGCUAUUUCUUCACCUAUUUCUAUUGAUUCAGCAAAUCAUAUAAUGGAUAAUGAACAAGUAAUAACAAAGCCAGUUGAAGAAAAAGUCGUACAAAGACCUCCUUCUCCACCACCUAAACCGAAAUAUAAAAAAGUAGUCGAUAAUGUUACUGCUGAAGAACUCAAGAAAUGCAGACGUGUUUUUAAUAAAUUAAACAAGAGCCCUUCUGCCUUAUUAUUUACUCAACCUGUAGAUGAAGUUUUGGAUGGUGCACCAGGAUAUUAUGAAAUAAUUAAAAAACCAAUGGAUUUAGGUUUAAUUAAAAGAAGGUUGGAAAAUAAGGAAUAUAGUUCGUUUAAUCAGUUUGAAGAUGAUAUACGUUUAAUGUUAAAUAAUUGUUUUACAUAUAAUGGACCAGGAUCGUAUGUUUACAACGAAGGCAUGGCUUUAGAAGCAGUUUUUGAAAAGGAACUGGCUAAUAUGCGUGGUAAAGAAGACGACGAGACUCAAAAUAUGACCAUUGUUGAAAACCCUGUAAAUAAUGCCCAUCAUAGCCCUCCUCCUAUUACAACACCAACGACUGUUGUUAUUAAACCGCCUAAACCUGUUAAAACUAAAUCUAUUACUACUGUUGUAUCAUCUAAACCUUUAGAAAAACCCUCUAAAGAGGAAAAGAAAGGAUCUAUUCCAUCUGAGGACACUACAACAAUUACAGGCACUACUUCUUUAACGACAACAGUAUCAGCAGGAGCCAAUAAGAAUAUAUCCCGUAUGAGUGAAAAGGAAAAGAUGGAGGCUUUACUUCAAAAGACAAUGACAAAUCCACAUGCAUUUGAAUUCUUACGUCCUGUUGAUCCUAUAAGACAGGGAAUUCCUCAUUAUACAAAAAUCAUCAAAACGCCUAUGGAUUUAGGUACAAUUAAAAGUCGGUUAAAGAAUAAUCAUUAUAUAAAUGCUCAAGCAAUGGAUUCUGACGUACGCUUAAUGCUUAAUAAUUGUUAUACCUUCAAUCUUCCUAAUACAUAUGUCUAUAAUGAAGCAAAGCAACUUGAAGAGGCUUACACUAAAGAAUGGAAAUAUUAUUUCAGUACUAAUACAACUACGGAUGCUCGACGAGAAUCAUUUUCGAAAGCAAAAGAGAAACAAGAAGCUACUACUACUGUUAUUCCUACAACACCUACUGUGCCAACUACCAUAAAAAUUAAGGCACCUCAGGAAAAGACAAGUGCAUCUUCAAAGUCCUCUAAAGCUGUUAAUGAUGUCAAGGCUGCUAAUAUGAAUACCACAAGUGCUUCUGACUCUUCAAAGACAUCUAUUCAACUUACUGUGGGCUCAAGUACGGUCACACCUACAUCUUCAUCCACAGCUACUAAACCAUCAAAUGCAGAAAAGGUGAAAUUAAAAUCAACUGCAGCUCUCAUUAAUCCCGCGAUGAGUGAUGACAAUCGCAAACGAUGUGAUCGAAUUUUCAAGAAGCUGUGGGCACAUCAAGCGUCUCAACCCUUUUAUGAACCUGUUGAUGCAGUUGUCUUGAAUAUUCCUCAAUAUUAUGAAGUCAUCAAGCGUCCUAUGGACCUGUCUACGAUCCGAAAGAAUUUGGAUCAAGGAAAAUAUGAAACGAUCUGGGAAUUUGAACGCGAUGUACGACAAAUCUUUUGGAACUGUUAUGGCUUUAAUGAUCAUAACUCAUGGGUUGUUAAACAAUGUCAAGCACUCGAAACAUUCUUUAACCAGAUCUGGUCUACAGAAUUCGCUAAUCCAGAUGCACUCAAGGGAGAAGAGAAACGAAUUGCACAGAAGGUUGUUAAUAAACUAACCUUACAUGAUGCUGCUGCUAUCUUUAAUGAGCCUGUUGAUUUAGAGUCACUUCCAGAUUAUGCUCUUGUUGUUAAGCAACCAAUGGAUCUACGUACCAUUUGGGAACGAUUAGAAAGUGGUAAAUAUACCUCUUUGAAGAAUCUUGAUCAAGAUAUUCGACUUGUCUUCAAAAAUUGCUUUACUUAUAAUGCUCCUGGUACUUUUGGACAUGAGCAAGGUAAAAAGUUAGAGAAAUAUUAUCAUAAUAUUGGAAGAGAGAUGAGAGCUCGGAUCAGUAACGCUAAUGUCGUGAAACGACCUCAUUCAUCAUCACCUGCGAAAACAACCCACGGUGAAGAGGAAGCCACUUUACCACCUGCAAAGAAAGUGAAGUCAUCACAUACUAGUCAAAAGCCAGCAAUUACUAUAGAUACAACAGUAGAGCCUAUGGAAAUAGAUUCUGUACCCUCCGUAACUAAAACACCUUCAGUGACCAAAUCGCCAUCAGUGACCAAAUCGCCAUCAGUGACCAAAUCGCCAUCAGUAAUCAAAUCGCCAUCAGUAACCACCAAAUCACCAUCAAUGAUCAAAUCACCAUCAGUGACCAAAUCACCAUCAGUGACAAAGUCAUCAUCAAUGACCAAAUCAUCUUUGGUAGCCAAAUCGCCGUCUAGUUCUAAAUCACCUUCAGUAACCAAGUCACUUGACAAUAGCCCACCUGCUAAAUUACAUCCUACUUUACAAGCCAAGAUGGAGUCACUGAUUCAUAGAAUGAUGAAUCGUAAGGAAUCUUUUGGUUUCUUGGAACCUGUGGAUCCAAUUGCUUUAAAUAUCCCACAUUAUCCUAUGAUCAUUAAACAUCCAAUGGAUCUUGGUACGAUGCUUACAAAAGCGAAAGAAGGAGAAUACAAGACAGUUAAGGAAUUUGAGAGUGAUAUGCGACUGAUUUUCACCAACUGCUAUACAUUCAAUGGCUUUGAUCAUCUUCUCUCACAAAAUGCAAAAAUUUUAGAAGGUAUUCUGAAUAAAGAAAUACCUAAUCUACGACGUAAGGAAGAACAGCUUAAGGCAUCCCCGACUCAACUUGCAGAGCUUAAGAAAUACAAAUCCGUCUUGGAUAAGUUACGUGAUCAUCCACAUUACUAUGCAUUUGGGGCGCCUGUAGACGUUGAACUGUUACAGAUUCCAACUUACUAUGACAUCAUUAAACACCCUAUGGAUUUUGGUACAAUUCGAAAACGAUUAGAGAGUGGCAAAUACCAAGAUACAGAUGAGAUCUUAAAGGACGCGAAACAAGUCUUUAUCAAUUGUUAUUUGUUUAAUUUACCAGAUGAUGUUGUCACGAAGAUGGGACAAGAAUUACAAGAAGAAUUUAAUAGGUUAUGUAAAGCGAGAGGGCUUCGUACGAUUGAGAUAGAUAUGGCAAAAGAUGUAGUAUAAACAACAACAUAAAUGUGUAAAUAAAGAAAGAUGAAAUAAAUACAAAAAAUAUAUAAAUAAUAAAAAAAAAUAAAUAGUUUUUAAUAACAAACAAACUACUUUUAAUUAAUAUACACUUUUAUUUUUUUUUU